AUGGUCGGAGGGUCGGGGGAAAAAGAGGCAGGGAGGAUGAGCAGCUACUUGGAGGAAAGGCUCCGGGAAGCUGCUGCUUUAGGCAAUCUCGAGGAGGUGCAGAUGCUGGUCCGUAACGGGGUGGCAGUGAAUGCUCAGAAUGAGGUCAAUGGCUGGACGUGCUUGCAUUGGGCAUGUAAGCGUAACCAAACUCAUAUAGUUAAGUACCUGCUAGAUCAUGGAGCCGAUAAGGGGAUUUUUACAAAGAACAGAGACCUGGCAACACAUCUGACUUCAAAAAAAGAAAUCAGAAAACUUCUUGGAGCUCCUGAAGUGGAAGGUGGUGAUAAUCGAGAAGUAAAUAACUUAAAGCUGCUGAGUAUGGCAAACUGUCUCACCAAUGAAUCGUUUCCAGGGACUUACAAUCAAAAAGGGGAUGGUGCCACUCUUAUGGCUAUGCCACCCAAAGAAAAUAAUGCUGCCGUACCUCAUUUACCUGCUGGUGAUAAUAGUAGCCUUUGUUUAUCGACAAUUCAAGCAGAAAACAAUGGCGUGGCCAUUUCUUUGCACAAAGAAACCGAACUCCCUGGGAAACACCUUUGGGUUGAGGAGCUCAUUUCGUCCGUGGUUGCAGAAGCAUCCGAAGAUAUAAAGUCUAGAGUUCAAAACUCUAAUCCCUCAUUUUCUUCAUCUACACAUCACAACCAAGAUCACUUGACUUCAUGUCCACCUAGACAACACGUGCCCAACCCAAAAAAUGGUGCCGUAGUGGAGGCAGAGUCAGCGUUACAGCCACUGCUUUUCAAUGGAAUAUUUCCAUACAAUAGGCAUGAUACAGAAUUGGUGCUUAAAGUGAGAGUUCAAAAUCCUAAAGAAUAUGACUUCAUUGAAAUUGAACUGGACAGAAAACAACUGACUUAUCAAGAUCUGCUCAGUGUUUGUUGCUGUGAGCUGGGAAUUAAUUCUGAACAAGUGGAGAAAAUUAGAAAAUUACCUAAUACAUUAUUGAGAAAGGUAAACACAAAGAUUUUGUUUUAA